AUGAACGAACGUCACCAUGACAAUAUACAAGAACAAAAGUCACUCCCGUCUUUAGCAUAUCAAUUAUGGCAACCCUGGCGACUUAUUGUCAUGAAUCCAAUUCCAGUCUUCUUAGCUUUUGUUAUUGCAAAUACGGUCUUUGUAACGUUUGGAGGAUUCUUACGUCUCUUGUCCGACUUGUUGACUCUUGCUGGACUACUCGUGAUACUUUUAUUCAGUCUUAUACUUGCUAUUCGACGACUGGCGUCGCUCAUAGCGUAUCCUGGUCAACUGAAGCUUGUGAUUCGAGAAGGUGAAGCUACUUUUGCUCGGUUAACGAAACGUCGUCUUCAAAUCUUUGCCGAGGCAGCAUCGGAACUUGCACAGGUAUUGGAUCUGGACACUGGCAAGAGUACGAAACCAGGAAGAUUACGCUUUUUACAGGUUCAUCAAAAUUUUGCCUUUGCUUUCGAGACAAUGAUGCUGCCGGUGGUGCAAUCACUGGAAAUUGUAGAACGAGAUGGUAAUUUGGGUCCGAACGGAAAACAAUUGCUGCAAGUGUUACAGGAGAUUGCGAUCUUGAACUCGCAGAAAUUGGCUGAACCGUGUUCGAAGCUUUGCUCAGCGUCAGAAAAGGUGUUUGAGAUGCAGAGAGUGAGAAUGUUUAGUGAGAACGAGAUUGUGGCGCCAGUAUCAGCAAAGACCACAGAGAAGGGGCUGAUCCCGCUUAAGCUGCUUGAAGGCGUCUCGAAACCUGUGCUCAAGAUGUCGACAAAUACCGUUGACUCGGCAUCACUAGAGGCUGAAGCGGCAGUGAUACCCAAACUUGAUGGAGUUUUACAUCCACUGGUUGCGUUUGAAGUGGCAUUGCGACGACUACAAGCUGUAAUUCCGCUGAUUGGAAGACCGCAGACGGAUGCACCAGCUACUAGAAAUGUGAACUGGAUUGCUAAGGAAAUUUGUCGAGGAUCGACUCCAGAGGUCGACUAUAUUGCAACGCUCGAGAUGCUUCGCGCUGACAUAACCGCGCGCUUUAAAGGUGAGCAGAUAUGGAUUCCAGGCUACCAAGGUCAUCAGGUGGAUGCGAUGUUGAUGCCACCAGCAUCAAGCGGCCGUGACGCUGUCGACCGCCCUGUUGUCGUUUUGUGCAAUCCAAACGGCGGGCUGUACGAGUUUCAUCACUUGCAGAUGGAUUGGGUCAAGUUUUACACCGCGGAUUUGGAUUGCUUCGUGCUUGUGUACAAUUACCGAGGGUACGGGCGCUGCAAAGGUUCGCCGUCUCCAGCGAUGCAUAACCUGGAUGGGCUGGCCAUUGUCGAAUACCUUAAAACCGAACGUAAGAUCGAACGAAUUGCAGUUCACGGCGAGUCCAUUGGCGGUCUUGUGGCCACAUAUGUGGCUCGCAUGUCACCUCACGUGAGCGUGCUGAUCGCAGACCGCACAUUUGCGACUGUAUCAGCGCUUGCCCAGCGUAUGAUUGCAAGGUGGGCGGGAACUGUGGUUGACCACAUCAUGCGCUGGGAAACCGACAACGUGCAGAAUUAUUUGAGCGCAACCUGUGCUAAGCUGUUAUGCUCGGAUCCGUGCGACGAUAUUAUCCUGGAUGAAGCUUCGCUCAAGUCUGGCGUAGCAUUAAACCUUGAAUUGGGAGACAAGACGUUCAAGCUUCCUCGUCAACGUAAAGCUGACGGUUCGCCUACUUCCCUGGCAUCACAAAUGAACAUAAUGCGUAAUAUUCGGUUGCGAUGUGGUCCUCAGAGUACUCACCGUGUUAGCGAAGCUGCGAGUCACCCGCUAUUAGGAGAGCCGUUGACAGAGGCUAUAGUGGCACGAUUCAGUGAAGCCGUUUUGUCUGUUGGCCGACGGGCGCUGGAUUAUACUUCUUAUCGUGAUAACGGCAAAACAGCAGGUGGCCAUGAUAGCAAGACGAAUGAAGAAGCCGGAGGUCCCGAUGAAACAAUUGGUGCGACUAGCCCGAGCCACGUUGCUAUUUCAGUGGAAGAUGCUGCAGCUACUACAACUGAAGAUGAAAGUGCUACGGACAACGAACAACAUUCAAUGCUUCCAUCCGACACAAGUGAAGCACGUGCUGCCGUUACCGCGACUUCCGCAUUCCCCAACAAGCUCUUGGCUGUCAUUUGGAUGCAACUCGCUCGUCUGGACGGCUACUGCGGUCAGGUUCUUCUUCAAGCUGCAGAGAACGGUGGCUAUGACAAGAUCCGCGCUUGGACUGUGUCGCUAUUGACAUGGGGUGGUCGCCUGACCCCCCAACGCAGAAAUGUGCGUUCGCUGGAGCCUUUUGACCAUGGUGGCAUUUUCAUCGUGCCAACGACGGUUGCUGAAGUGCAUACAAUGUUGCAGCAUCUUGUAGAGCAGUACCCGGCUCUCAGGUUUGACUACGAUAUUAGUUUCGUGGUACUCAUGGUCGAGUAUUUGAAUGACGCAUUACAGCGACGAUGGCGUCAUUUAGACAACCCUUCGACCGACGAACCUGGCGUUGAAAGCGAAGGUGCACAAAACGACAAGAAGGACAACAAAACUGUUGCUGCAGAGCAGAGUAAGGCAGCCAUUCCAUUAUUGAUAGACACCGGCGAUCCUUCAUUAGGCUGUCUGUUACCACUGCAUUGCGGCCACAACAAAAACUACGAAGACACAGAGAAACAGGCACUGAUUGGCUUCCUACAGCAUGUGGGCUUUGUUGAACCAACUAAAUAG